UGUUACGGUUAAAGUAAAUUUGAUAUUUCGGUAAGGUAGGACACAUAGUAAGAACACCGGAUAGAUGGCAAUUGGUUAUUCCGUGGACAUAUUGAAAAUGGAUCAAGUAGUAAGACGUUCCCUUUAAGAAUUUUCGAACUUCCGGUGCUUGGACCGGAAUAGCGUACGUUGUUGUUUUGUUUUUUGCUUGUAGGCUGGCGAGCUAGUCCCACGGUCGUGGCGUUUGAACUCACGUAGUUCUUUGGGAUGCGUUGUCUGCUACAGUAAGAUGUGUACAUUUCAUCUUUUGACUUAGUCCACUAAGCGUCAAAUAAGUAAUUUUCACAUUUCGUGUGAGUUUUCAACGUCGUCAUUGUUAGCUAGCUAACAGGCUAAUAUCAGAGGCGACCACACCGUUUGGCAACAAUGGAGGGGAGUGCUAGUGUUAGAAAAGCACUGUGCGGGACCCUUGUACCCACAUGUGUCACAACAGUUGCCCUUCGACAACAACCCGAAGAGAAAGAGGGACUGAAGCGACAUGUUCUUGAUGAAGAGGACUACAUAGAGAGUUUAGAGAAGAUUAUUCAAAGGGACUUCUUUCCAGAUGUAACAAAAUUGCAAGCACAGAAAGAUUAUCUUGAAGCAGAGGACAGCGGUGACCUUGAGAAGAUGAGAGAGAUUUCCAUCCGAUAUGGCUUGUCUUUGACUAAGUCUACACCACGACCAUCUGCACCUUAUGUGACACCACUUAGCUUUGAGACACCAGAGGGUCACUCAGGAUCUCCUACCUCCAGUCACGACAGACAUAUAACUGGCACAAAAGAGAACAAGGAUGUCGGCAAGGAAGAGAAGGAGCUUCCCGGUCUGGAUUUCUUUCUUGCUAAAAAUACCAGUGAGGAUAAUGCAUCAUUCGAGCAGAUAAUGGUCCUGGCAGAAGACAAGGAAAAGCUAAAGCAUUCAUGGUUAUAUGAAGCAGAAGCUGAAUUUAAACAGCGCCAUGAAGAGAUGCUUUGCUUGCCGUCUUCAGAAAAGAGGGCUAUUGACUCUGUCAAAGCUGGGCUGGAGACCUGGGAGUACAAAGCAAAAAAUGCGCUGAUGUAUUACCCAGAGGGGGUUAAAGAUGAUGAGGCUGUCUUUAAGAAGCCCAGGGAAGUAGUUCACAGGAAUACUCGAUUUGUUGAAGACCCGUUCAGCAAAGCCCUCAACAAGAGCCAGAUUCAGCAGGCUGCAGCUCUCAAUGCGCAGUUCAAACAAGGUAAAGUCGGACCAGACGGCAAGGAGCUCAUCCCACAUGAGUCCCCGACAGUGAAUGGAUAUGGCUUUGAAGGAACGCCCUCCCCUGCACCAGGUGCAGCCGAGUCCCCUUUAAUGACCUGGGGUGAGAUAGAGAGCACUCCGUACCGUCUGGAUGGGUCAGACUCGCCAUAUGUUGAAAGGAACCACGGCCCCUCAUUUAAGAUUCCAGAGCCUGGAAGAAGAGAAAGAUUGGGUCUGAAGAUGGCAAAUGAAGCUGCAGCCAAAAACCGUGCCAAGAAACAGGAGGCAUUACGAAAGGCUACUGAGAACCUCGCAAGUAUUACUCCUAAAGGCCUGAGCCCAGCUCUCACCCCUGCACUGCAACGGCUUGUGAAUAGGACAUCUAGCAAAUACACUGACAAAGCGCUGAGGGCAAGCUACACCCCCUCACCCUCACACAGAGCAAGUGGCUGCAAGACUCCAUUUGGUGAUUCGUCUACACCUUCAGGAACACCGACACCGAACAGAGUGAAGACCCCAAGCUCUCAAGAUCCGGCCUCCAUCACAGACAACCUGCUGCAGCUUCCCAAGAGGAGAAAAGCCUCAGAGUUUUUCUGAUAAAAGUCUUUUCCUGAUCUUCCCAAAACUGAGUUUAUGAUGUGGAAAAACUGUUCGCUAUUUAGCUUCCUCCGAACUGAUGAGCACAUCGUUUGUGUCACUUGGUGGAACAUUCUUCAGUUCUUCUAUUUCAUAUUUCAUUUUAUUAAUUUCUCCGGGAUCAAUUUCAAUACAGAACUUCUGGUUUGUUUUAAUGUAAGCGUCUGUAAUCAGAGUUUACUUGGCUCAGUCAAUACAGCCAGUCAACUUGUAUUUAUUUUUAAAAAUAUUUGUUAUCCGAUGAGUAACUUUAAUAACCAUGAGUACUACUAUGGGACAGAAUUGUUUUUCCAAGUCUCUGCAGAUCCCAACAUAAUGCAUAUUGUGCAGUCAUUCUUGAGAUCUGGGACAAAACAUGUCCACCAGACAAAACACAGUUUUGGGGUAGAGAAUGUAUAAAUAUAACAGAAAGUUGAGCCAGUUCAUGUGGACACAACAUCAGGUCUGCUUUGUGCCAUUUACAGAUGUCCUAGUUAAGCUGAAUGAAGCAUCACCAGUUCGUAAAAGUAGCACCAGGAACAUACACCACAUAUCUGCAGAGGUCGUGCACUUCAUAGAAGAGGACUCGGCUGUUGCCUAGUGUAUUAACUCCAUUGACUGCCUCGAAAAGUCAAAUUUGAUUGUAUAUUAAGUUUAUUAUGACAGGUUUGCAGUAUUUGUAAAGGUCCGGCUGUCAUGAAAGAUUUUGUAUGAUCUUAAUUAGUUAAUGUAUAAGCAGCAUAUAUUUGUUGAAGAGGUUGUGGACCUUAAAACUGGGAUGUGUGUGUUGUCUAUUGCCCGUCUGUGUUUAAAGUCCCUUUACUCCCUUGAGAUUUGAAUCCGAGAAGAGAAGGGUCAGGUCAUGUUUCUUCACGUCUCACCACAUUACAGUAUUUGCGAGAGUUGAAUGGUCGUUUUGAAUGAAAUAUGUUCCUGUUCCUUACAAGUUUGUCACCGCCAUCACUUUUGCGGCAAGGCAAUAUUAUUUGUAUACCCCAGUAUCACAAAUUUGCCUCGGUGGGCUUUAUAGAAAUACAACAUCCUGUCCUGGGACCCUCGCAUCAGAUAGGGAACAACUCCCCUAAAAAAAAACUUUAAAAGACCACACAAUCAUACAAGGUCACACUUAAAGCAGUCCUUACACUGCAAAUUCACCACUGUUGAUGCCUCGUCAACUCCGUCAGAUGGUCUUUUGUGGGUUUUUUUUAAGAAUAUGUGUUUUGUUCCCUCAAUAACAUUUGUUAAUAAAAUAGUCUCAUUUACAAAGUUAA